CGCAACUCGGUGGCAGCUAUUUCUCUCUGUCUCUUGGCGCAGGCAUACGAGUACGCAUUCGAAAUUCUUCAAGUCGUGGCCAAGAGCGACAUUUCAGUGGCUACAUUGGUGCAAAUUGAUCGCCUUGUGCAGCUCAUCGAGAGCCCUGUGUUUGCUCGCCUAAGAAUACAGCUCCUCGAUCCAGCAGCUUUCCCUUAUCUCUACAAAUGUCUCUAUGGUCUGUUAAUGAUUCUACCGCAAUCGUCGGCCUUCAAAUCGCUGCAAACGCGCCUGUCAAGUGUCGCACCCAUUGGAGGCCUGCCCUUACCCGAGACGCGUGACAAAAUUCCGACCCCGGCCCCAGUGGUCACGAGCGAGUGGAGCGAGCUGUUAAGACUCUACAAUGAGAUGCAUUUAAGUAAGUGA